AUGUCAAAACCAGAUAAACCAUUAUUAGUAACAAUUGAAGAUUUAACACAAUUAAGAGCCAACAUAUCACAAUUUCAAGCAACUUUUAAAUCAAUAUGUGAGAAAGCACCAACUGUUGAAUUAUAUGAAUAUUAUUUAAAACUAGCGAACACACCAGGGGUUACAAAUGAAGCAGUUAGUACAAUAGAUAGAUUGAAAGGAGUGAUUGAAACACCUCAAAUCAAAGUAGCAGUCAGAAUUCGUCAAUUAGCAGAAGCUAAAAAAUUAAUAUUUUUAUCUGGAUUAGUUGAUGUUAACUUUAAAGCAGCAGCAGGUACUGAUCAAUCAUUAGAGAAAUUUUUAGAUAUUAUUCCUGACGUUGAUGAUGAAACUAAAAAACUAUUGAAAUUCGAUCAAAACAAAACAAAAUUAUCAACUGAUUAUUAUUCAUAUCCACCAACUUUACCAUUAAUUACAAAUGAAAUAUUAUUAGUUAGAAUAAGUACAGAUAAAUCGUAUAGAAGAAUAAGUGAUUUUGUUGAAUCAUCGUCUUCUAAAUACAAUAAUUCACAUAAUGGGAAAUUAGCAAAUAAAGGUAGAUCAAUUAUGGAUUUUUUGUUAUUAGAAAUAUUAGAAGAAAAAUUACCAAAUUUAUAUGAAACUGAUUUAGUCGUUAUAAGAAACAGACUAAUGUCACCUGAACAGUUGGCAAAAUUUGCAUUUGGAUAUAACUUAGUUGACUCAAUGAAGUAUAAUUUAUCAUCAGAUGCUAAUCUUGAAGAAAAAAUGGUGGUUUGUGGGAAUAUAUUCUUGUCUUAUAUAGCUGGUUUAUACAUGGAAAAUUAUGAUCUAAAAGAGAUUAACUUGUGGUUGAAAAAAUUAUAUGAACCAUUGGUUGUUGAUUUGAAAGCAACAACAACUCCAGUUUCAAAAAUUGCAUUAACUGAAUUAGAAAAUUUGUUUAAAUCAAUAACAAAUUUAACAAAAUUACCAUUUGAUAAUGUUAAAUAUGAGAUAAUUGAAGUCCAACCAGAUCCUCAUGUUGUUCACGUUUUAAUUAAUGAAGAAGUAUUAGGAGUAGGAGCAUCAAGUGUAACUUUUGAAGAUGCAAAAGAUCGUGCAGUUCUAGAUGUUAUGGAUAAUCAAAAGAAUAUUAAUAGAAUUUUUUCAAUAAUGAAAGAAUGUUAUAUGAAGAAUAGAGGUGAAUUAACUACAAUUGAUCAUACUACACAAACUCCAUCGGCUGAAGAACUACAUGAUAACUAUCCUAAUCAACAUCAAUAUCGUUCAAAUAGCUUUAGUGACGCUAAUUCAACUCCAAUUCAAUCAUAUGCAUAUGCACAUCCUCAACAGCAACAACAACAACAACAACAACAACAGCACAUGUAUCAACAAGACCUAAGAUAUUCACUACAACAAUUGCCUCCUCAAAAUAUGGGAUAUCAAAGAACUUCACCACCAUCAAUGCCAAGAUAUGGUCAACAACCUGCAUACCAUCAACCUUCACCACCACAGCAACACCAACAACAACAAUAUCAAAUGCCAAGAACCUCACCUCCAAAUUCGUAUCAACAAAUGAAUACUCCAAUGAAUAAUUUCGGAGUACCAGAAGUGAAUGCGUUUAAUAAACCAAUAACUUGCCCCAAAGUUCCAUUAUCAGUAAAAGAUAUAGAUAUGCAAGCAAGAAAUGAUUUAUAUGCAAAAUUGGGACCAUUACAACUAAAAGCUGAUUAUGAAGUAAAUCAAAUUGGUUUUGAAUAUCAUACAUUAUGUUCAUGUAAAGGAAUACAAUUAGGAUUUGGAGUUGAUACAAGUAAACAAAAAUCUGGUCAAAAAUCAGCUAUGGGUGCAUUAAUGAAUCAUGCUGCUUUACAUGAGUUAGGAGUUUCGAUUCAUUAA